GUGGACUUGCUUUGGGAUGUGCUUCGCCAGUGCGGACUACAGCAACAGCUCAGUUGGCAGGAUGUUAGUGAGGAGGCCAAGUCCAUAGCAGCUUCUGGCAGCUGCGAGCAGGCAAGACUCCUUUUCACGCACGUGGAGGAAAAUUAUCAAAAGAUGGGGAAUGAUCACAAGCAAGAGACUCUGAAAGCUUUGCAAGGCCAGGCCUGGAUACCAGCAUGUAUGCCACAGUGUCCAGAGGACCGGCUGGCAGGCAAGGCUGCGAAAUGCAAGCUGCAGAAGCUCUCGGACCUCUUCCCUAGUCAGGAGGCCGACCUGGUCUGGGCAGUGGAACCCACAAUGCACAAGGACCUGCAAAUGCCAACACUUCUCCUGGCCAAGAGGUCCGUUCCCGCCGACCCCGAUGUCUUGCUCCGGCAGUUUGUAAGCUAUGUUGAUGUGUGUACCGAGAUCGUGGAAGAUGCUUGUGACACACCGUAUCCACGCGCUCGUGAAGUUCCUGGGAAGUUGUGGCGAGUGCACAUGACGAAGCUUUUGCAGACCAUGGCCGAGCACAAAGCGAGCAUCAGAAGUAAGCUGAUGAAAAUCAGCCGCAAUCGUGCCUGUGUCCCUUGCCUGGCCGGUGAAAAGGUGCUACUUCAUUCGCUUACAUGUGUGGCCUUGUCGGCUUACUCUCACAGCGCGGAAGUGCUAAGCCCAGCGAUCGGAAUUGUUCACCCAGAUGAAAGGGUGCGGUCGUUGGCAAGGGAGCUGGAUGUGUCCGAGAAGCCUGACAUGGAAGUUCUUGUGGAGCUCAUACAAAGACAACGAGCCGAUGUUGCACGUGCAUGUGUGCUGUGCAGGGAGCUUGCCAAGCCGUUGUUCUUGACUGCUAGACGAAGGCCCAAGAACUUCCAGAACUUGUUGGUGCCAACCUCAAGUGGACGGCUUUUGCCUCCGUCCAAAGUCUUUCUUGACGAUGCCCCCUGGACCAAGAGCGAGCACCUCGAGACCCUCGACUCGCGAUUGUCCACGCAGGACGGCCGAAAGCUCGGUUGCACAUCCAUCCGCGACCGUUUGGCAGCGGAGUGUGAGGUCGCUGCGGAUGUAGACGGAUUUGGACAGGAAGAAGACCUUGUCGACAGGGUGUCGCUGGUCUUGAAAGACUACAAUGAGCAAUCUGAUGUAGUUGCAGAGUUCUUGCAGAACACCGACGACCACGGAGCGAAGAGGCUCGUCUUUCUGUUAAGUGACAGGAGCUUCUCGAAGGAAAAGCUCGUGGAUGAGCGCUGUCGCGCUUUGCAGGGCCCAGCUCUUUACAUUUGCUCGGACAAAGCCCUGGAGCCGAGAGACAUUGAACGCAUGCAGCGGGUGGGGUGCUCUUCCAAGCGCAUGGAUUUUCAUUCUACCGGCCGCUUUGGGGUGGGACUCAAUGUGAUGUACAGGUACUCCGAUUGCCCCCAACUGCUGGCAAACGACCGAGUGCACUUCUUCGACCUCAGGAGAGCAUUUGUGGCCAAGGAUCGCGAGCGGCGUGGGAAGCAGUUUCAGGUUGACAGUUUGAAGACGUCGUUUCCUGACAGCUUCACGCCGUUCGAGGACUACAGGCACCGCUUCCCCGUGGUUUUCCGACUGCCGCUGCGCAGACAGAGGUCGGAUCUGGGGGAAGCAUGCAGCCUUGCGGCCGUCCGACAGGAACUGAGUGACGUCUCCGUCGAUGCGGGUUCCAUGCUGCUGUUUGCGAAGUCAGUCCGAGAAUUGAUGUUCGAAGAUGCAGGCCGCCUCGUGGCAAAGCACACUGUCAGUUUCUUGCAUGGGUCCGAAGAGCGACACGAUGCAUUCAUCAAAUCGCUCCCAUGCACAGUGGCUGAACUCCAAGAUCAGAUCGCUUCGCGAGCUACAGAUGUUACAGUUGUGAAGCGAAUGACGAGCCAAAGGGCAGCGAACGUGGUGAAAAGGAAAUGGAUUGUUGCAUACAGCCUGGCGGCUUCAAGCAGCAAGCUGAAGGAGUUGAGCAAGAAGAUGUUCGAUCAUGUGCUUGGCUUGGCAGUGCUUCCUGUUGCAGCAGCGGCUGCACCUCUGCUGCUGAAGCCUUGCAGACGAAACGGCCGAAUUUGCUGUGGCUUGCCCACGCCCUUGCAGACUGGCGCAGUUUCCUGGAUUCAUGGUGAAUUCGUCCUGUCCUCCAGCCGCAAGGUCAUCCCUUUACCAGACGGCACUAACCAUGAAAUUUACAGGCAGUGGAACGAGGAGCUCUUGAAAGGGCCUGUCGCAACAAGCCUGCGUUCCGUUUUGCUUGCGCGCGCAGACUCUGUGCAGGUGCCUAAAGACUUGCCAGGCUUCUUUGCCGUGCUUCCGCGGACGGACACUCCGCUUCAGUCCAUCAUCGCCGAGUCCGCGAUGCGAGCUUCGCUGUCCUAUCAGAUCUUCCCAGUAUUUGCAAGGUCCGAGAGCCAGGGCGCGAUGCAAACAAGAUGGAUGAAAGGACCCGGCCCCCUGUUCAAGACCGAAGGGCUGUCGGAUGAGCAACAAUACGCACUUGCGUUUGAUGGGCUGGAGCUGGUGACAGUCCCGCCAAGGGUUCGAGAGCUCUACAAUGCCGUGCGCAAGCCAGAGCACGCUAAGGAGCUGGGUGCACAGGAGCUAUGCUCGUUUCUUAGGCGCCAGUGGAAGCAAGGCUCAAAGACCGUGGACUUCGCCCAGACUGGGUUGGCAUCCCUUUCAAGUCACGAGCAAGCUAUCGCGAUGCUCAAGUUCAUUUCAGACGAAUGGAAAGUUCAGCUUCAGAAAAAUCCAGUACCAGCCAUUUAUGAUUGUAAGCACUUGCAAGGUGUCCCCCUUCUUCUAACGCACGCAAAUCGGCUUUGUGCUUUCAAUGCGGAGGCCCCAAAGUUUUCAGGAGAUCAUGACUUGCUCCCGAGGCACGUGGACCUGUUUGCACAUAGAGAUGUUUUGACGGCCUUCAAGACAUUGGAUGUGUGCCAGCCGGAGGUGGAGGUGAGGCCUGCAGGUCUUCGCGACUUUGGAUUUGCCGACCUCCUGAACUUCAAGGAGCAGGUGACGCGGCUGGUGGUUGAUCAGGGCCACGAAUGCAGCAAGAACUCCAUUUUGAAGCAUUUGUGGAGUUUCAUCGCACGGAAGGGGAAUGUCAAGGAAUCCUGGCUCGCGGCGCUUUCUGAGUGGAAAAUACUGCCUGUUGAUGCCGGUAGCAGCCCGAAGUUGCGACCAUUGAAGUUUGCACAUCGAACCCUAUGGAUGAAGCGCAGCAGUUACUGGCGUGACGAUGAGAAGAGAUUGCAAGAGGUAAUGGCUGCAUGUGGCAUCUAUACUCUGCAAGAUUCUGCAAUACGUGCAGAGGAAGAUUCUGCAAUACUUGCUGCUCUGCACGAUGUCGUUGUCUGCACCGACUCUGCGGUUGUGGAGCUACUUGGCGAGCUUCCCUUGCAAACAUGUCGAACAGACGGACUUGUUUUGUUGAAAUACCUGUCUCAACUAUGUCUGACUUCGUCAUGGUCAGAGAGGAUGACUCUCGUGACAAAGGGGCUGCUUUUGUUUCAAUUAGCGCAGGGCGGUGGCUUCACAGACUUGACUGAGACGAAGGUCAGAUUCUGCUGCGUGUGUCCCGAAGAUCCGCAUGCUGCGGAGUUGGAAGCCUUGCUUCCGCCAGGAGCCAGGUUGCUUGUCUGGCCAAGUAAGGAGCUGAAGCCGAUCUACGAAGUCUGUGGGGUGGAGAUGUGCCGUGGUGAGGAGUUCAUGCUCGAAUUUGUGCUGCCUUACUUGCCAGAUCUUUGCUGGCAGGAAGAUCAGUCUCAGGCCGAAUCCAUCUUAGCUCUUCUGUGUCAGUAUGUCGUGGUGGAGAAAUCCGACACUCUUAGGUCCAGAUGUGCGGCCUUGCAUUUCGUUCCUACUGGUGAGAAUACAAGCUCUCGUCCCAGAGAUCUUUUGGAUCCAAGCCUGAAGUUAUGUCAGUGCUUUGCAGACGUGUUGGUUGGGCAUCUGCCUGCUGAGUGGUUCCAGAGCCCCCGCAACCUGAAGCUCUUACGCGAGCUUGGCUUGCAAAAGACCGUGACCCCCGAUUGCUUGCUGAUGUGUGCCAAGCACUUGGAUCAGGGGGAGAAGGUGAAGCAGGUCUCCAAAUCUGUCCGCAGAAUGUCGUUCCAGCUGGUGGAGCACGUCGCACGCCAUCUGUCUCAAAAGCAGCCACCAAGCAGCCCGGUGCUUGAAGCGGCUAGGCUUCGCAUCUUCGUCGCUCAGCAGUUCUCUGAUCUUCAAUAUGAAACGAAGCUUAGCCAGACCAAGGGUUCCGACGAGUUUCUUGCAUUUCUUGCCAGCGGAAGCAAGAGGAAGCUGAUUCUGACUGCAGCUGGGGGCACUUCCUUCGCAAAGUCACAAAAAGUUCUUUGGAGCCAAUGCCCUGUUGCAUUCCGCACCGAUCCGGACGGGGGACGCUCCACGCAGUUGGACAGUUUGCUAAGUCAUCAGGGAGAUGUUCUGGAGAAGAAACUUGGUGCCUAUGUCUGUACGAAGACUGUCCCUGCGCCUUGCAUCAUCGAGCAUAUCCGAAAUCUCUGCAUGCAUCCUGCUGCUGGCAAGGAAGAAAUGACCAUCCCCGAAGGCACUGCGUUUCAUGAGCAUCUGCUGCUGUGCUGGGACCUCUGCAGAGAUGCACAGAAGAUGCCAGGAUGUUGUAAGGACUUGGGCGAGGACCUCCGCUGCAUCCCCGUGCAUCUGGAGGAUGCUGCAGACAAGCCGAAGAGGAACUCGUUCACGCUGGCCAGCCCGAGGACGCUGGCUGAUGGCCACGAGACAGUCGUAGGCGCUAUUAGUCAGAUGUCGGGAUGUCUGACCCCCUGGAUCCAUUUCCUUUUUUGCAGGAGGUGCUUCCUGUUCGAGACAGGCUACUGCUCAGCUGAAGACUUCCAAGGGUACGGAGCUCAGGAGAGUUCCCCAGCAAAACCGACACGAAACCCGGGUGCGUCUUAG